GUUAGCUGUUAGCUCCGUUUUCCUUUCAGCUCAUCGGGUGGGAUGGAGCGCAAAAUAGGACUCCGCCGAAUUGACGUUUGCCACCUGGAGUGAACGCUUGUGCCGCUUCGACUUUCAGGCAAUUCAUGUUCACUGCAACCCCGUUGCCUCCCAACAACUGUCAUGCCUUAUGGGAUAUUCACCCCCCACCAGCGACAGUGGAGCAGGAUUCAUGUUUUCGACAAUUAGCCUCUUUCACCUUUUUGACCAUCACAACCAUCCGCCAACGAUCCUUUUUUUCCUUCCCCUCCUCCCUCCAAGAGCCUGAUCCCCUACAAUGAGGUUCAGGAUCUACAAAAGAAAAGUGGUGAUACUGACUGUGGUGGUGGUCAUCUGCGGCUUGGCCUUCUGGACCAGCGGACGGCAGAAGAAGAACGAGCCUUUCCCCAAGGAAGCGGUACCAGUGGUGAGGAAGGAUACCGGCGCUAGUACCAGUAGAAGUAGCCUUGACGACCAUAUCCAAGUGCAAGCCACACCCGCCGUGAGCCGGGCUCCUGUUGCGGCCCUGAACCAGACUCACACGGAAAGAAUAAAAGAGAGAGAAAACAAAGUCAAGCCCAAUGUGGAUAACACAACUCUCGUCUACCGCGGCAUCGUCUUCCAGCUCAACUUUGACCAGACGAUAAGAAACAAGGAAAAGUUUAAGGGGGUGCGGCAGGAUGACCUGGUUGUGGUGGUCCAGGUCCACAACCGGCCAGAUUACCUGAAGCUGCUGGUGGACAGCUUGCGCAAGGCCCGCGGCGUGGAAAGCAUACUGCUGAUAUUCAGCCACGACUACUGGUCCCCCGAGAUUAACAAAGUGGUCAACUCGGUGGACUUUUGCCAGGUCUUGCAGAUUUUCUUCCCGUUCAGCAUACAGCUGUACCCACAGGAGUUUCCGGGCAAUGACCCUCGGGACUGCCCGCGGGACAUUCCCAAAAAGGAAGCCUUAAAGCUGGGCUGCAUCAAUGCAGAGUACCCAGACUCAUUCGGCCACUACCGCGAGGCCAAGUUCUCCCAGACCAAGCACCACUGGUGGUGGAAGUUGCACUUUACAUGGGACCGAGUGCACGCCCUCCAAGACCACAAAGGUCUGGUUCUUCUGAUCGAGGAAGACCACUUCCUGUCCCCAGAUUUUAUCCACCUGCUGAGGCUGAUGUCAGUGCUAAAACAUGAGCAGUGCCGCGACUGCGACAUCCUGUCGCUAGGCAGCUACAGCCACGUCGGCUACUCAAGUAAAGCCAACAAGGUGGAGGUGAAGGCCUGGAAGUCCACCGAGCACAACAUGGGCAUGGCCCUGAGUCGGGACACCUACCAGAAGCUCCUUCGCUGCACGGACACAUUCUGCACCUACGACGACUACAACUGGGACUGGUCCCUUCAGCACCUGACUGCGUCCUGCCUGCCUUCCUACUGGAAGGUAAUGGUGAGCGAGGCGCCCCGCGUCUUCCACGCCGGCGACUGCGGCAUGCACCACAAAAAGGUCACCUGCAUGCCGGCGAGCCAGAAGACCAAGAUCGAGAACAUCCUGCAGAGCAGCAGCAAACAGCUGUUCCCCAAGAACCUCCUGAUCACCAAGAGACUGCCGUCCAACGGGGCCGGAGGGGUGGCCCCGCAUGUGAAGAACGGGGGCUGGGGAGAUAUCAGGGACCACGAACUCUGCAAGAGCUAUGUUCGAUUACAGUGACCUUACAGUGAUUACUAUAUUCUAUAUUAUUGUCUCUUUUGCAUCGUCUAUCAAGAAGAAAGCCUUUUCAAGCUAAAAUCUUUAUGGACUUUUCUUCUUAUUGCCUGUUUUAAUUGACUGUUCUAAAAAAAAAUAAUAAUAAUAAAGAUGAAUGUUACGAGUUUUGGCUCAUGAAAAAUCAA